CGGGGAUCUUUCAACCGUUACACUUUGCCUGUCGUUUUGGUGGAAAAAUAAUAACAUUAAACCGGCGAUGUAGAAUGUGCAUAGGAGGCCAUUGUAGUUCGCUAGAUGGGAAGAAUGUAGUGGUUUUAAAAACUGAAAAGUGCCUGGGCCCCAUGACAGCUAUGUGCACAGAUCUCCAUGACAAGCAACUAUGGCUCAGGUGAUUGGCUAACAUUCAGCAGUAACCAUGCCAGCAUUAUGAGACGAUGAAGGUGAUUGGUGGAUAAGAUAGUGUGGCGGAGAGUGUUCCCAUGAGUCUGUGCCACACUAUAACAUGUCUGUGCUACGAAAUGUAUUCGGGGGCUGUGUAGCAGACAGAAGUACCGAGGCCCUUAGACAACAGAAGAUUAAAUUUGGAGUACCCCUCCAGGCGGCGUUGAAGAAUGGCUUCCCUCCAAGACCCCUGGUGGAGCUAUUGGCCUACAUUGCCAAGGAAGGGGUGACUACCAUGGACUUAUUUCGAAGACCUGGGAACCCCAAUGAUCUGAGGCGCAUUGUAAAGAGACUGUCUGAAGGGAAGCCAGUCAUUCUGUCGAAUUACAAUUUUUAUACUCUGGCAUCUGUAGUUAAGAAAUUCUUACUACGGAUACCAGAAGGUGUGUUCGGGCCUGAGGGCGAGGAACGUCUUUUACAAGUGCUUUCAUUAGCUCAUACUAUCGACCAAUAUGAAGCAGUUCAUCAAUUCAUCAAUUCAUUAAGUACAGGUCAUCAGCAGUUGUUAUCAUUGUUAUUUGGGACGUGGUUUCGCAUCGUCAACCAUUCAGAUAUCAACUCCAUGUCGGCUGAAGCGCUGUCUCGCAGUGUGGCUGGCAGUAUGUUCCAUACAUGUGCAGAGGACCCGGAAAAGGUCACCAAAGCCAGCCAAAUCAUGCAAAUCUUAAUUGACAAUUUUGGUGUGGCCAGCAUGUUUGGUGAACAAAAUAUAAACUAUUUUGCUGAGACCACUCGGACAGGGCUACAUGUCCGGGAGCGAUUUCGCUACCAGUACAAUUACCCUCCCGAAGAAAUUCUACCUCCUAUUACAGAAGAUGAAUUUUAUCACGAUCGAACGGCAGCACAGAUCCAUGGUGGUUGCCGUGGAGACAGCAUAAGUCCUGAGCGAGACUUCCACGAAGAUGAGGACAUGCAGAUAGAUUUAUCACACCCGCUGACGUGUCAGAGUGAGGCUCAGCUUGUAAUCACUGUUACCACGGCGUCAGCACCUGAAGUCUCCAUGUUACCCUCGCCAGAAGUCAGCAAGCGACCCAAGUCCUUGGAAGACAAUCUUAAUGAUGUCAAGACUCUAUAUCAAACAAAAAGCUUGAGUCGUUUUAACUCAGUGAAACGGAAGCAACUUGAGCGCUUACGCCAGCGUUCUGAUUGGUUCCUGGGGCCAGGCAGCAGUCGGAGCCAGAGCGAGGGCUAUCAUCACACGGAGAGUCCUCAGACCACAACUAUCCUCAUUGAGGACCGGCAGAACAACUCUGCCAACUCCGUUACAAAGGCGGCGUCUGAGGGCACAGUGCUCGACGUCCUUGGCUCCGAUGCCGACAGUGUGUUUACGGACGGUACCAGUCGGAGUGAGUCGCCCGCGUCUGAACCCAUCCACUCCCGCCACCGGGAGAAGCAUGACAUCAUAAACAGUGACAUGAUGGCGGACAUGUCCGAAAAAGAGGAGUGUCACGGCUCCAGAAAAAUCACAGAGGAAGACUUAACAGAAACGGACGUUCGCUGUUACCUUCUGGAACAUUCGUACGGGGGCGACCCGUCAUAGUACAGAUCGUACGACGUGUGUUUUCUUUUUUUUUUUUUCUUUUGUACGUGUGGAUGUGCACAGGUUGAAUGUUUACCUUUAUCUGUCACCAUUUGGACGCUGUUUGUCUGUCACCGGGGAUAUAUCUUGGGAGAACACACCAAAAUGCGCUACAAUAUGUGUAUAUACAUGCACUGUACAGGUAGUGAUCAUAUGUCCAGCCUUCAUUCCCCCCUUUUUAUGAGCAAUGGAUAUGUGCUUUUAGUUUUUCUUGACUGAACUACUCAGGAAGACAGGGUCCAAAGGUUGUUCACUCAUCCCAUCCAGUGUACGAAUCGUAGUACCUGCUGUCUCCCUCACAUACCCAGAUGAUGUGGUUAUAUACAUGUCAUUUUCAAUGGCACAUAUUGGUCAUAUUUUUUAAUUCCUGUUAAGU